UUUCAAUAUUUUUCUACUAUAAAAUUUAUCAUUAUACAUACAUGACCCAUUUAUAAGUUCUUAAAUAAACUAUCGAAAUAUAUAUACAGAUGUAUUUUUUAAAAGAAACUUAUGAAUAAUAUAUUGGUUAAAAAUUAAUAAAUGCUAAAUGGUGGCACUGAGGAGUCAUAGAACUAUCAACAAAAGCAGUGUGUAGGUUAUACACCACCAAGCGUUUGUUUCUCUUACAAGUCGGACUUCUUAAGUCAAUAGGCGCUAUAAAUUACCAUGGGAUGAAGUGCGAUUUACUAUUUGUUACAAAGACUGGGUAAAGUGAUCAAAAGAUAGCAGAAGAAGUUAAGAGUUUCUGAUAAAAAAAAGAAAGAAAAUGUUGCGUAACUUCGCAGCUAUGGUGUUUGUGUUGAGUAUGAUCGAUAUGUCUAAUGGAGCUAUUGAAAGUGUACAAGGAAAACUCAUCAAAAGUUUAUUCACAAACUACAGUAAACAAGUAAGACCUGUGACACACCAGAGUCUACCAGUCAAUGCCACGUUUGGAAUUGAAUUGAUGCAGAUUAUCAAAGUGAAUGAUCGUGAUCAACAUGUUACCAGUAAAAUUUGGGUGAGACAGUCGUGGAUUAACAUGUUGAUGAAGUGGGAGCCUACGCUGUGGGGAGGUAUAAAGAGCGUUCAAGUGGAUGCAGAUAUGGUGUGGACACCAGAUAUUGUGCUUUACAACAAUGCCGAUGACACUUUUACUGGUGGCACGGAAAAAUACAAGACCAGAAUAACAUUGGAAUACACAGGACAACAUAAUUGGCUAGCUCCUGCUACCUUCACACAUACCUGUGCGAUUAACAUCAGAUAUUUUCCAUUUGACAAACAAGUUUGCAUCUUAAAGUUUGGAUCAUGGACAUUUAAUAAAGCUGGCAUAACAUUAUUUGAAGACCCACGACCUGUUAUAACAUCGCAGUAUGUCGUGUCCUCAGAAUGGGAAAUUUUAUCAGUCGAGAAAACAGUAAAUUCAAUUUUGUACGAAUGCUGUGCUGAUCCGUAUAUGGACGCAACAUUUACAUUAAAUCUGUUACGAAAACCACUUUACUAUGUUUUUAACGUAAUUACGCCAUGUUUGGUUCUCGUUACAACAAUUUUAUUUGGAUUUUUCCUACCACCUGAGAGUGGGGAGAGAAUUUCUCUCACCAUCACAAUUUUACUUGCAGUUGCGGUAUUUCUACAACUUAUUAGCGACACAUUACCUCGAAAUUCUGAAACCAUACCGGUACUGGCGAUAUUUUACAUGGUUGUUAUGACCGAAAGCGCGUUAUCGCUAAUUACGACGUGCAUAGUAUUGAUCAUACAUCAUCGUAGCAGUGAAAAGGGUGCCGCUCCUAUGCCAACAUGGGUUCGGCAUGUAUUUUUAAAUGUUCUUGCUAAAUAUCUUGGCAUAAGGGUGUCUAGUAAAUCUAGGAACGAGUGUGACAAAGAUUUUGUCAAAACAGAGUCUGGCGCUAACAUCGUCUACCAUCUUGGCCAACAUCACACUGAUAAGAGAUCACCACAAGAUGGCAGCAAAUACCAUAUUAACAACAGCAACGGAUAUAGCAGACAUUUAAUCAACGGUUCUGCGGAGAGACGGCUAAAUAACCGGUACACGAAUGAUCUAGACACCCAUCAUACCUUACAAGACAUGCUAGCCGAGCAGCGCAAAGAAAACGUUAGCAAAGAUAAAAAUUUAAACGUUAUUUUAAAUGAACUGCAGAUGAUUACGUCCGUGAUACAACAUAAAAGUUACCACGAAAAAAUUCAGGAGGAAUGGAAGUCACUCGCGAAAGUGUUGGAUCGCUUAUUCUUCUGGCUAUUUUUGCUAACUGUUGUUGUAUCGGCAACAUCGAUCCUCUUGCCAGCUUACUAUAUCAAUCACUAACAAAUCGCGAUCGAAGUAAAACACCAAAAGAUACAGUAAAAUACCGAAUAAACAAACCAAAAAGACUAAUUCCCUAUCCUUACCUUCUUAUAAAUCCGUUCAACUUGUUAAUCAUGCGAGGCAUUUUACAAUAAGACGAAAAGAACACAUUAAAAAAAACCGACCUUAUUUUUCAGUAACGCUACUUUUUAUACUAUUAUGUGCAAUUUUAAUCUAAAAAGUGUUAUUUUUAUAAAAUUUAUAUGCUUAUAUCUGUAUCUUACCGCGGUUGAUAUUGAGUUUAUGGAACA